AUGUUUGAGAAUAACGAUGAUGUGGAUGAAUUUGUUUUUCAAGUAGCUGAUAGUAGUUCAGAAGAAGAAAAACCUAAAAUGGUCUUUGAUGGAAUGACUCCAGGACAAAUAAUUAAGUUUUUGAUCUAUAAUUCAAGUUCACCAUUUUUGAUUGGCGGAAAUCCUCCCGAAGCAAAUUCAAAACCCGAUGAAAAAGAUGAUAGUAGUUGUUCUGGAUACAGAUACGUCAAGCAUAUUGGUUCUGGUGCUUCAUCUGAAGUUAUUGAAAUGGAAAAGGAUAGUGUUCAUUAUGCAGUUAAGUCAUGCACUAAAAACAAUAAAAAAGUCAAUUUCCUCAACCUUCAAACUCAUGAACCUAAAGAGGAAGCAGCAAUUCUUAGAAAUUUCAACAGUCCUUUUGUUAUUAAAAUUUACGAUAUAAUCGAGUCAGAAGAAAACGUAAUGAUCGUCAUGGAAUUACUUAAAGGCGGAUCGAUCUUAAAAUUGAGAGAAAUUCCUCAACUUAAAAAAGCCUUCGGACAAUCAUUAAUUGCCUUAGAAUAUAUUCAUUCUCGUUACAUAGCACACCACGAUAUUAAGCCAGACAAUAUAUUACUGGAUUCAGAUAAUAACAUACGACUCGUUGAUUUUAGUGUCUCCGAAUACGUUGAAGACCCGGAUGAUUUGAAGUCUCAUGUACAGAAAGGAACUGCCACAUAUUCUGCACCAGAAGUUUUUGAUUCUCAGCCAUAUGAUUUAUUUAAAGCUGAUAUUUGGUCUAUGGACAUUACAUUUUACCAGGUAAUGUAUAAAACAUUGCCUUUUACUGGUAAAAACGUCUUUGCCUUGCAAAACAAUAUUGCAACAAAGCCAAUUGAAUUUCCACCAGAUUCAGAUCCAGAUUUCAAUAAUUUAGUCUCUAGUAUGGUUGAAAAAGAACCUUCGAAGCGAGCAAACUUUAUAGAUUUAUGGAAAAACCCUUGGCUGAAAGGAGUAAGAGAAAUUGCAAUGGAUGUUCCUGUCCGCUCUUCUGUACAGAAAAUUUAUCAGUCACAGACUGCUAUUCGAUUCUGCUCUGUCAAAGUAUAA